AUGGAGACCGAGACUGAGACACAGACUGCGACGGCUACCGUCCAGGUCGCAACGCCUGAGCACGCGGAUCUCUCUGGUAAGGCCAGACAAACGUGGCGUGCUGCACUUAAGCUGCGGAAGAUCUUGACAAAGCACCUGGAAAAGCUUCCUAAGGAGAGCAACUCCGGCGUUGAUAUCUCUCAAUUUGAAGCAAUAGAUUCGGUCCUGGAAAAAUUCCGACUCGCCUGCGUACAGACCAUAUACCUCGACUAUGAGUAUGCUGUCGCCGAGCAUACCGACCAGAUCAUGUGGACAGUACACACUAGUAUCAACAACGAAUACCGACGAGCCCUGGGCCGCCUCCGACACCUGGCGCACAACUCGGACAAGCAGAAGGCCGAUAAGACGACCAACGACAAGCGCAAUGGUGACAAAUCCAAGGGUGAGAAACAAGCUGCCCCGAAGCAGAAGAAUGACAAGCGCAAUGUCGAGAAGAGGAAGUUCGGAGAUAAGUACCAGGGCUUUCUGCAUGUUGCUCAGGAGUUCUACAAGGGUUAUGUGCAGCGCCUUUCUGCACGAUACGAUAUUCCUGAGCUAAAGCGUAUUGCCAAGGGAAUCGAGGUCGACGGAUCCCCAACCAGCGACGCCAUCAGUCCUGUCCCCGGUUCGAUUUAUUCACUGGUCAUCAACUCUUGCCAUUUCACCCUAAUCUGCCUUGGCGAUCUGGCACGCUACCUGGUCCAGUCAGGACUGAAGAAGUCGAGCUACAGAAUCGCAUUGGCUUACUACAGUCUCGCCCACGACCUUAAACCCGUCUCUGGCUUUCCUUUCCACCAGAUGGGUAUCAUCAGCCUUGAGGAGGGCAAAGAUCUAGACAUCCUCUACUACUUCUACAGGAGCAUUGCAACAGCCGAUCCUCACCCAAACGCGAAGCAAAGUCUUGAGUCCAAGUUCAAGAACAUUUUCCAGCCGGAUAAGAAUCCGCCUAAGAAGCUAGCCCGUGUGCCGACUGAUGCAUUUGUCACUUGGUUCGCAAAGCUUCAUGCUUCAUACUACAGGGAUGAGACCAUGGCAGGCAGUUCCGAGCUCGAGAGAGAAGUCUUGCACCGACUUGAUAUGGCCUCCAAGAACCCGGAACAAGCUAAUGUUCUGUUCAAAAUGGCCUUGAUUAAUAUGGCAAGCUUUUACGUUGCUUCUCAGAAAUAUACUGAGGCUCAAACACCCGCAGCAUCACGAUUCUGCCACCAUACCCUGCGCAUCAACGCACAGUUUAUUCUUGCCUUUUGCUCGGCUCUUGCUUCAGAACUCACUGACAUUGUUGGCCGUGAGAGCCCACCAUCUGAGGACCCAGCCACGGCUAAAUCGUCUCCUGUCAUUGAGGCGCUUCUACCUCUGCUGCGCAUCUACGGUAUGUGGCUUGCCGCACGUCGCCAGGAAAUAUUUGCCGCUGGUCAGGCUCUUGGUGCGGUGCUGCCAGAGAUGAUGAAGGCUAUUUCUAAAGUGUUCUCGUUGUUGUGCAGCAACACGUACACCAAUGAAGACCUGGCAUCCUGCCCGUAUCUUCUCACCGAAGAUGUCGAAACUCAGGGACUGCUUCCUCUUGCAGAGGACCAAGUGCCAGAGGCUUGUCGAUCAUACUUUUCCGAAAAUGGUGUCUUGAAAUCAAGGCUGUUGUCCCAAGCACACCGACUUCCCCUAUUCCAAGAGAUGCUGGCAAGAAUUUUGGACAUUCUUCGAUGUGCCUACUUUCUGGCUGAAGAAAGCUUGUGCCCUCUUGGCUACCAUGUUACUGAACAGGGUCUUGUAUUUGAAUACCAGCAGGUAUCGGUCCAGAUCGAACCUGUUCCUCAGCCAAUGUCAAUUGUGAACUCACCUGUACGGGAGAUCAAGAGCAAAACCAAGACUGCAAGCCGUCAGCGCAACGUGGCUGACACCCGGCAGGUACAGAGUCACCCAGCAGUCAAGAGUGCCGCGAGAAGGUCCUUUGUUGCAUCUCCUGAGACUCAGAGCCCCCAGGAGGAGCCUCUACCCGAUGAUGCUGACACUACUGUCAUCAAUAUGCUUGCCCCUUUCUUGAGACCACCUACACCCGAGCAGGGUCAAGCUGGCCACCGAUCGACUGACGAAACCUCCUAUGGAAUGAACAGCGCUACGGCAAACGAGGUCUUUGGUUUGCUCCAUGCUGAGCCCAGCCAUGCAGGCUCUACCCCCUCGGGCAAGUUUGAACCCCUGCCCUGGGACUGGGUCUACACGCCUACACCUCACAAAGGUAGCGACCCUUCGGCCUCUGCAUACAAAGAUGCUUUCGAUGCUAAGCUCAGCCCUAACCUCUCAUCCCGGGAGAUGUCACGAAAUGUUAGCACAUUUGAGGAUCCCUUUUCCAACUCCACACCUCAGCCCUUACCUGUGCAGAUCCCCCGGGCUACUAGUGGUAUGAUGGCCAGUCCUCGCAUCGCCUCUACCGCCGAGGAGGCUCACCGUAACAAUCUACUUCAGACCUUUGGCAGCUCCAGCGCCCCUCGCACUUCCGCCUUCAGCCAAUGGGGCCAGAACAUGAACCGCGGGCUUAAAGAGGCUGUCCCACAAUCCUAUGGCCAUCAGGCCAUGAACGGUUACCCCAUGUCCUCUACCGUAUCCGGUUUCUCCCAUCCAAGCAGCCUUUAUCAAGGUACGCCUGCCAAUGAAGCCAACUGUGGUAUGCCAACUGGUGGUUACAUGGACAUGAACCGAUAUGAGCGCAAUCGCACUCAGGAUUCCGCGCCCCCUUCGUCGGGACGACGCUUUCAGAUGGAUGAGACGACAUCUAGCUACGAUGCUGCCAUUUUACAGGCUGCUUUUUACGGCAAUAAGUGA